AUGAUCCGCCUUCUCUUCCAAGGGUCCAACCCCUCUGUGUCAACCCUGGAUGCUUUCCCAUCCUGUCAGCACCCACUACAGUGUGCCAUCUCUGAAUGCCUCAAGAUUCGAAUUCGUAUUGUGCCCUUCAUAGCCCUUUUUUCCAUCAUAAACAAAAACAACAACAAGCAAUCUCAGAAUCUCACCUCAUUUUUCGUCAACAUGGCCCCCGGACUGCCCGGCCUCCGGGCUGCCCAGCCCCGGCUCCUGUUCCUGCUCCUGCUCUUCGCAUCGUGCCCGGGCCGCCCCCAGCCCCUGGGCUCCGGGGGGCUGCGGCUGGGGGGCUCAGGGGCCCGGCCCGGGGAGGGCCGCCUGGAGAUCCUACACCAGGGCCAGUGGGGCACCGUGUGCGACGACGACUUCAACCUGCCCGCCGCCCACGUGGCCUGUCGCCAGCUGGGCUACCAGGCCGCCCUGACCUGGGCCCACAGCUCCAAGUAUGGACCGGGAGAAGGCCCCAUCUGGCUAGAUAACGUGCACUGCUCGGGAUCCGAGCUGUCUCUGGCGGCCUGCGGCUCCAACGGCUGGGGGAUCAGCGACUGCACCCACUCGGAGGACGUGGGUGUGGUGUGCCACCCUCCCCACCUGCACGGUGCCCACUCCAAGACGCCCGCCUUGGCCACCGGUCUGCAGGAUCAACGACUGGAGGAGGUGAGACUCAAGCCCGUCCUGGCGAAGGCCAAGCGCAGAAGCCCCGUGACGGAGGGUGUCGUGGAGGUGAAGCACAAGGGGCAGUGGCGGCAGGUUUGCGACCAGGGCUGGUCAAUGAACAACAGCAGGGUGGUGUGCGGCAUGCUGGGCUUCCCCGCCGAGGUGCCCAUCAGCACCCAUUUCUACAGGAAGUUAUGGAACCUGAAGAUGAAGGACCCUGAAUCCAGGCUGAAGAGUCUCACCAAGAAGAACGUGUUUUGGGUUCACCGUGUGAGCUGUCUUGGCACCGAGUCCCACCUGGCCCAGUGUCAGGUGCAGGUGUCCCCGCCUCGGGGCCGAUCGCAGCUGGCCUGCCCCGUGGGCAUCCAUGCUGUAGUCAGCUGCGUGCAUAGUGGACGCCUCCACCACUCCAAGGGGAAGCCCCCUCGCAAGGUGUCCCGGGCGGAGGUGAACUUUGAACCCCGUGUGCGUCUCCGGGCUGGGGCCCAGGCGGGCGAGGGCCGGGUGGAAGUGUUGCGGAACAACCAGUGGGGUACGGUCUGCGACCGCAAGUGGAACCUGAUCUCGGCCAGCGUCCUGUGUCGCCAACUGGGCUUCGGCUCUGCCCGGGAAGCCCUCUUCGGGGCACAGAUGGGCCAGGGCCUGGGUCCCAUCCACCUGAGCGAGGUGCAGUGCGGAGGCCGGGAGCGCGCCUUGGGGGACUGCCCCUUCCGAGACGCUGCCCGCAGUGGGUGCCAACACGAGCAGGACGCGGCCGUCAGGUGCCACGUUCCCGACCUGGAUUUCGGCCGCCAGGUGAGGCUGGCGGGGGGUCGCAGCCCCCAGGAGGGCGUGGUGGAGGUCCUUGUCCAGGUGAACGGGGCCCAGCGCUGGGGAGCUGUGUGUAGUGACCUCUGGGGCCUCAGCGAGGCCAUGGUGGCCUGCCGGCAACUGGGACUUGGCUUCGCCAGCCACGCCAUCAAGGACACGUGGUACUGGCAAGGCACCCCAGGGGCCGGCCAGGUGGUGAUGAGCGGGGUGCGCUGCUCGGGCACGGAGCUGGCCCUGCAGCAGUGCCAGCGACACGGGCCCGUGCACUGCUCCCACGGCACUGGGCGGUUCUCCGCUGGAGUCUCCUGCACGGACAGUGCUCCUGACUUGGUGAUGAACGCCCAGCUGGUGCAGGAGACGGCCUACCUGGAGGACCGUCCGCUGAGCCAGCUGUACUGCGCUCACGAAGAGAACUGCCUGUCCCGCUCCGCGGACCUAAUGGACUGGCCCUACGGCCACCGCCGCCUGCUGCGCUUCUCCUCCCAGAUCCACAACCUCGGCCGGGCAGAUUUCCGGCCCAAGACGGGGCGCCACAGCUGGACUUGGCACCAGUGCCACAGGCACUAUCACAGCAUUGAGGUCUUCACCCACUACGAUCUUCUCACCCUCAACGGCUCCAAGGUGGCUGAAGGCCACAAAGCCAGCUUCUGCUUGGAGGACACCGACUGCCCCACAGGGCUGCAGCGGCGCUACGCGUGUGCCAACUUUGGGGAGCAGGGUGUGACCGUGGGCUGCUGGGACACGUAUCGUCACGACAUUGACUGCCAGUGGGUGGACAUUACCGACGUGCUGCCGGGGAACUACAUCUUCCAGGUGGUUGUGAACCCCAAGUACGAAGUGGCCGAGUCCGACUUCUCCAACAACGUGAUGCGCUGCCGCUGCAAAUACGACGGGCACCGCGUCUGGCUGCACGGCUGCCACACAGGUGAUGCUUACCGCGCCAGCACGGAAGAGCUGUCCCUGGAACAGGAGCAGCGGCUCAUCAACAACCUCGUCUGAGGGCAUCCGUUCCCAAGCUCCCGGCUGCUGCCCCAACACAGAUACCUCAGCCUGGAGAAGCAGGGCUCCCUCAUCCAGCCCCUGUCCCAAGAACCGAGGGCACCAGACUGGCAGGAGCCGACGACCUGCUCAGGGAGUUUCGGGAUGGAGGAGGCCUACCUGGAGUUGAUACUGAACAGCUCUGGGCUCUGGUUUGGGAAGAAAGUUGCUCCCGUCUCCUGCGAACAGCCCCACCCUCCACCCCCCUAUCAUCCAUCCCAGGCACUCAUUCCUUUGGGUAGCUAAGGGCAAGUUUCUCUCCCUGGAUGGUGCUUUCAAUUUAUCCAGGUUGGAUGAGCCCUGUAAGGGAGCUUGGAAUUGGAUGUGGCCUGGUGGUACAGGGGCUAGCAGCUUUCUGCCCCCCAAGCCAGCCAUAGUGGAGUCUUCAUCUCAGCCCUCACUCUUGAGUCACCUGCUUUUUCUUCAACCUGCAGGAUCCCCACCCUUCUCGACUCCGACCCAUCCCAGGUCCUGGGAGGUGGGGGUCCCAUCUCUCCCAAACAAUUCGCCCCUUGGUCAGUGGUUAGGCCUCAAGUACCCCCGUUUGCACUAGGGGGAAGGAGGAAGAGGGGGCUUCCAGAGCCAAACACGGGGUAGAUGGGGUGUGGCUCCUGCCCGGUACACGUACAUUAUGCCCGGGGCUCAGCACACGAUGAAUGGCUCCAUUCUCACGGUGGUAGCCACGAUGGUGGAGCGCUCCUCUCCUCCAGGGAAAGCUACCUGCCGCACGUGGGCUGGAGAGCCACAGCUGUCUGUCUCAGGAUCAUUCUGCAUCUCAGGACUCACCUCCAGGCCUGACCAGCUUCAGAUUUAGAGCAGGUCUCGGGAGGGAACUUUGUCACAAAUAAACAUUUUAUGCAAGUGAAAGGACAGUAGCUGAGCCCCUCCCAUCCAGGAGCAUGGGAAGUGGGGGCACGGCAGGAUUGGGAAAAGAGGGAGGGCGAUAGCUCUGAUUUCCAUCCGAAGAUGCCACAUGCGCUUCUCAGGGAAUUAGAGCGUCCUGCUCCCACUUCAACGUGGCUGGGGUUCUCUGAGCAAUUCCCAGCCAGGGCAGAGAGACACUCCGGGUUCCUUGACUCCCCCCAACCCGCCACCCCCCUGGCACUCGGUACU